AUGGGAGAUCAAUUCGAAGGGUUCAUACCCAUUCAUACAAUAUUCUAUGCUGUUUUCCAUCCAACAGAAGGAACCAAGGUCCGUUAUGAGUUUCCACCUGGAAACUUAGAGAGCCAUAACAUCAAUUUUGAUGCAAUCAAAAAUUAUAUUAUACCUAAACCGCAGCUCUGCCACAAGCUAUUGACUUUAAAGUAUAAAAAUUACAGAAUCGCAUCUUAUCCAGUUACGGUAAAUUCGCCAAUUUACGCAAGGAAUUUCUUCAGUUUCAAUUUUGUAUUUGUAUUCCCGUAUGAUUGUCAAACUUCACCUUAUGAACCUGCCAUUGCGAGACUAGGGAAAAUGUUCAAGGUCUUAGAGGAGCAAAAUCUGAUAUUAUCCAAGGCAGAGAAAGACCCCAUUUUCUACCACUUCAAACAAGUAGAGAUCAAAGACGAUCAAGACGCUAAAUCGAAACCCGAAAAGGGCUCUCAUAAUCUUUCCAAAAGUCAAGCUUACGCUUCCGAAAAAUAUCACAAGAUUAUGACUGAUAUAGAGAGUGCUGAUUCUACGUUUUCUUUGAAGGACCUGGUACUGAGGGUUUACCAAGAUCUCAACAAUUAUUCCGAAUGCCUAAUACCAAUCGACGAAGGGAACGCGGUUGACAUCAAAAUAUUCCCUAUGAUGACACCUCCCAAUUCAAACAUAUCGAUCGAAGACGUCCCAGUGUCCACUGUUAAUCUUAAUAAGGUCAUCGAUGUCAAUUGGGACCCUACAAUGCUAAAGAUUGUGCCAUAUAUCAAUGGGCUUAACAGCAUAUCAAAAAUAGCCAAGCUCAGUGUUAGCGAUCCAGGUCUAGUGAUAGAAUGCAUCAAACAUCUCAUAUACUACAAUUGUGUUUUGUUAGCGGACAUAUUCCAGUUCUCUAAUAUCUAUGCCCCAACAAGUUCGCUUCGGACGUUUUUAACAGACAGCGUACUGUCAACUGAGUGCCAAUCAUAUGUCGUAUGCGAGGAAGACUCGACACUCCCGCGACUGCCCUUCAAGAGAGUAAAUCACUCGGCGACAGAGAGCGUCGAUCAUGAGUUAGCGGAUUCACAUAGAAGCCAGAGAACUUCAGGAUCUCGAACAACGUCAAUGAGCUCGAAUGGUAAGUUUUUUCCUUCUUCAAAUAAUGAAAUGCCAGCUCUUAUUUCAGAGGAGUCGCUUUAUAGGACUGGAAAGCACUCGCAGAGUAGUUUUUCGAGCAAUAACACAAACCCUUCCAACAUGUUGGCAAGAUAUUUACCUACUAAGUCAUGUUUGUUCGAUUUAUAUCGCUCACUUAGCCAGGGUACUUCCCUGAGAGAAUGGUAUGGUGUUCAUUAUGGGACGAUCCGUGCAAAUCGCAUUGAUGUUAGGCGAUUCAUUACCUUCGGCGUUAUUAAUGGCCUAAUUUACAGGUGCUACUCCUAUCCCAUCAUGAAAAAUCUUGAAAUUUUUGACCUAGCCAAGAGACUGCAUCGUGAGGACAUUUCAAAUCACACAGUCAAGCAUAAUAAGGCCAAAAAUCCAUCGAAAAACAUCUUCUCUACUUCAGAUAUCAAAUUUGGAGUCGAAUAUGAACGACAAAGGAACAAACAUCAUAAAGCUUUGAACUUGGACAUCGCAGACGAAGUACUGAGGAACGUUUAUAAGAAGUUAUCCGUCACAAAUAGUACUGAUACAAGGCCUAAUAGUGCGGACCCAAUAGCCCGCCUGUACAGAGAGAGAUCGCUCGGCAGUCUAGCCGACGGCUCUACCAAUAAUAUCUAUCGACUGCAGAAUUCUGACCGCCCGUCAAAAGUUUCCUUCGAUAAGCAACAAGAAAUUGGGCAUAUCAGCAAAGGCAUGUCAUCUUCGAAUGACAAGGUCAAGAUGGAUGAGGAAGCCAAACUUGAAAGACGGGAAAGGGAUCUCAUACUUUUGGAAUCUGUCGAGGCUGCUGAUAGUUUGGACACAAUAUGUGUCAAAUUAGAGAUGUCUAGGUAUGAUGUCGAAGCUCUUAUCCAGAACUUGGGGGAAUAUAAAAUCAUCAACAGCUAA